AUGCUACUAAGGCCGAAAUCUGGGAAUAUUUUAAAGUAUGGCCAUUUUUUACUGAAAAGAUGGUUGACAGCUCUGAAACUACUAUACUCUGUGGAGGAGAUGAAGAUCAAGAUCAGUCAAGAUCAAUAUCGAAAGGCACUUGAAGAAAGAAUAGAUAAAAUACCAAUUGAAAACUAUCGGAACUUCAGUAUUGUAGCACACGUGGAUCAUGGUAAAUCCACAUUAUCAGAUCGAUUGUUGGAAAUGACGGGGGUGAUUAAGCCAGGAUCCAAGUCUCAGGUUUUGGAUAAAUUAGAUGUCGAGAGGGAAAGAGGAAUUACGGUUAAAGCCCAGACAGUGUCUAUGUUUUAUAACGAUGGGAAACAAGAUUAUUUGUUACACUUGGUUGAUACACCUGGGCAUGUUGAUUUUAGAGCAGAAGUAUCAAGGUCAUACGCAUCCUGUGGUGGAGCAUUGUUGUUGGUCGAUGCAUCUCAGGGGGUGCAAGCACAGACAGUAGCAAAUUUCUACUUGGCAUACAGCAUGGGAUUAAAAUUGAUUCCUAUAAUAAACAAGAUUGAUUUAGAUCUGGCUAACAUUGCUGGAGCUAAGGAACAGAUUGAGACGACAUUUGAGUUAGACCCUAAUGAUUGCAUCGCAGUAAGCGCCAAAACCGGUUUAAAUGUUGAACAGAUAAUUCCCUCUGUUAUUAAAAAUAUCCCUUCUCCUGUGUGUGACGUGAACAAACCUUUGAGAGCCUUAUUGGUGGAUUCAUGGCAUGAUCCAUACGUUGGCGUGGUAAUGCUUGUUCAUAUUGUGGAUGGGAAAAUGAAAAAAGGUAUGAAAAUCUUGUCAGCACACACAAAUAGGACAUACGACGUUAAGGAAGUUGGGAUAAUGUAUCCAGAUAGAACCCCAACCAGUUUUAUUAAAGCAGGACAAGUCGCCUAUAUUAUACCAGGGAUGAAGAACCCUCGAGAAGCCCUUGUGGGUGACACGUUUUACCAAAUGGGCAAGCAUGAAGAUCUUGAACCAUUACCCGGAUUUGAAGAGCCUAAGCCAAUGGUGUUUGUUGGGGCAUUCCCAGCAGAUGGCAAAGAAUUUAAUGCUAUGGAUGACCAAAUGCAGAAUUUAGUUUUGAAUGACAGAUCGGUAACCUUGGAGCAGGAAACAUCUAAUGCAUUAGGGCUAGGUUGGAGAUUGGGAUUCUUGGGCUCGUUACAUGCAUCAGUGUUUAAGGAGAGAUUAGAAAAAGAAUAUGGGGCAAAGAUUAUUUUGACAGCUCCUACGGUGCCCUACAAGAUCAUUUAUAAGAAUGGUGAAGAAAAAAUUGUGACAAACCCUGAUGAUUUCCCAGAUAACCAGAAACAUUAUGAUGUCGAAAGCUAUAUGGAACCAUAUGUUGAGGCAAUAAUGACUGUUCCAAACGAAUAUAUUGGAAAUGUUAUGACGUUGUGUUUAAAUAAUCGAGGAGAACAGAAAGAAAUCGAAUACUUAACAACAGGACAGGUAUUGCUAAAGUAUGAGAUUCCAACUUCACAACUUGUGGAGGACUUUUUUGGGAAACUAAAGGGAUGUACCAAAGGAUAUGCUUCCCUUGAUUAUGAAGAAGCAGGAUAUAGAAAGUCAGAUAUAGUUAAAAUGCAGCUUUGUGUGAAUGGUGAACCUCAAGACGCGUUAACUACAGUUAUACACAGAUCACAGGCGCAAGCAAGGGGGAAGGAAUACGUUACGAGGUUCAAGAAAUAUUUGAGUUACCAAUUAUUUGAAGUUGCUAUUCAAGCAAAGAUUAAUAAUAAAGUAGUGGCAAGAGAAACCAUUAAAGCAAAAAGAAAAGACGUUACCCAAAGGCUACAUGCAGCAGACAUUUCAAGAUACAAGAAGUUGUUGGAAAGACAAAAGGAAGGAAAGAAACAGAUGAAAUUAAGUGGUAAAGUGACAAUCAAGAACGACGCUUAUCAAGCUUUUUUACGUCGAGAAGAUUAG